AAACCUUUUCCCACUCCCACCUUUUUCUCUCUCUCUCUCUCUCUCUCUCUCUCUCUCAUGCCCAAGACUCUUGGGAGCAUAUGGUUGGUUGUUGGAGUUUUUCACUUAACUCAUCUCACCCCUCUCCCUCUCUCUCUCUCUCUCUCUCUCUCUCUAUCUGUGGGCUGAGAGAGAGCCUGAAAACCAACUCAUAUCUAACUUUUUCUCUUUUCUUUUCUUUUUUUUUUUUUGAAGGUUUUUGGGGUUUCUGAAACCCACAUCAAAUCAUGCAUCGCAAUUGAUGUGUGUGUGGCAUGCAUCCAUUUCAUUUCAUUUCAUUUCAUAUCAUUUUCCAGAGGCAUCCCUAGUCCCCUCACCUCAUCACUUGCUCUCGAUCACAUCUCUUUAAAAGUGUUGAAGAGAGAGAGAGAGAGAGAAAGAGAGAGAGAGAGGGGAGAUUAUACGGUUUUGAUGCGAAUGUAGAUACUAUUUGGAGAGAGAGCCUUUCAACUUCUUGCUUUGCUUUUAGAUCCCAAAAAGAGAAAGAAGCUUUGAGCUUUUCUUUUUGGUGUAGGAAUGGCUAGUUGGUAUGAUGAGGACGAUGAGGACUUUGAGGAAGAGGUGGUGUGGGAUGUGGUGAGAGAGAGGAGAGAUGUGAGCCCAAAAGCCAAAAAGGCCAAAGAUCUCUCCACUGCCACCUCUUCUUAUUCUUCUUCAUCCUCUUCCUCUACUAAAAGAUUUCCCACUUCUGCUAGAAUGAUCCCAAGGAAGGCCACCAGCAGCAGCAGCAGCAGCAGCAGCACUGGAGCCGCAAGGCAGUCUGCUCCUGUGAACAUCCCUGACUGGUCCAAGAUCUACCAGCUGAAUAAGAACCACCCUUCUGCCCAUGAUGAUGAUGAUGAGAGCUACAGCAUGGGGGGCUACAACAAUGGUGGGUUGGUGGAAGAGGAAGAUGAUGGCAGUGAGGGUGAUCUGGAGGAGGAAGGCAAAGUGCCCCCACAUGAAUGGCUUGCUAAGAAGAUGGCCAGGACCCGAAUCUCAUCCUUCUCAGUCUGUGAAGGUGCAGGCAGGACACUCAAGGGGAGAGACCUCAGCAAGGUGAGGAAUGCUGUUCUCACAAGAACUGGCUUCUUAGAGUAGCAGUUCCUUGAGCUGUGAGAAGAAGCAGAAGCUGCUUUUGGCUUUUUUUCCCUUCCCUUUUUUGGUUCAUGCAUAUGGCUAUAAUUAGUAAUGUGGAUUCAGUGCUGCUUUUGGCCUCCCUUUUGUUUUUAAUCUCUCUUUUAUUCCAUAUAUCUUUCUCUUCUUGUUUGGCCAUGGCAGUGCUGAGAUUUUGUCUUGUAGAAUGGUUAAAUAUUAGAGUGUUCAUGGAUUAGAGAAAUGUGGUGAGCACUUAAAAGUUCCUUUUUUGUAUUGUAAGAUGGAUGAAUGUAAAUACCUGGCCCCCCACCUCCAUUAUAUGCUUCUCCUGCUUCUUCCUUUUGUUA